AUGCACUCGUUCUACUCAAUUGGAUCAGCUACGCUUUCAAAGUUAUUGGUGGUGUUGGUGUUGACAUUCUGCUCGGUGGUUGAAGCCGUGAAAUACGAAUCCUUGGAUGUGUGGGUAGAUCAUUUAUAUUGGAUGCCAUUCUACUUUACGAACGUUACUUUAGGUUCGCAGAAACAGAAUGUUACCGUUUUGGUGGACACUGGAAGUUAUUAUUUAUAUGUUGAAGACGUUCAGAAUACUGAGUGUAACAGUAUUUGCAAAAAGCUCGGAACAUUUGAUUCCGAACAUUCGACGACAUUCCACAACUUGAGUGUACCGUUCAAUGAAUUUAGCGCCAAAGGAUUCUAUGGUGCGGAUGAUUUUUUGUAUCCGGAUGGUAAAAAGAUCCUGCAAUAUCAGUUUGCCGUCACUAGGAAUCAAGGAACUUACGGUAAUAUAUUGGGCUUGGCUUCAAGACUAGAGGACGCGAGGAAUAUUUACUGGGCUACUAAACAAAUAGGUGCUGCUGAUACCCAGGGAUAUUCUUUUUACGCUGGAGACUACACUAAAGGUAUAGUGGGCAAGUACAUUAUUGGAGCUCUUGACAGGGCCAAAUACGAAGGUGAAUUGCAAGUUUUUGACCAUGAGGAAUUGAAGUUCCCAUUCACCACGUUCACACUUGCAGAUGGCCAAGUUUUUCAAAUGAACAACACACUUAUGUUGUUUGACACAGGAGCUAGAGCAAUCGGAGUAGCUAAGGAAAUAGCUGACCCCAUCAACAAGGCUUUGGGUGCUGAUGAGAAGGGACACUUCCCUUGCAGCUGGCGUAAUUUGGACAAGAGUGUUGAGUUCAACUUGGGCGGUCUCAACUUUAGUGUUCCUUACAGUGACUUUUUCCAUACAAACCCUGAUGGUUCGUGCUCUUCUGCAUUUCAAAUUGGAGUUGGUAAUCUUAUGGGCAGUGAUAUCAGUAGACAUCUUUACUUUGCUGCCAAUCAAGAAACAAAGAAGGUUGCCAUUGCAAAAAUUAAAGUCACUGAUGAAACGGACAUGAUCCCAUUCAACUUUUGA